CUUCCCUGCAAUUUAAUUUUGCUGUGUUUCAGUCUUUGCUUUCUAGUAUCUGCAAUAACUAAUAAGGAAUUCUGCCAUGUGGCUUCAAGUGGUAUUAAGCUGUGUGCUGCUGGCAUUAGUUAUCGUCUUCUUCUUGACCACCGGAAAACGCUACAAAGUGUUUACUGAGAAGUGCCUGAGACCACCAAGACCCUUGGUCACUGACACCAAACAGAGAGAUGAGAGACUGAAGAGAGGGUUUCGCAUGGACCGUGUUCCUCCUGCUCUGGACACAGUGGUAAUUGGCAGCGGUGUGGGAGGUUUGACAGCAGCAGCUCUUCUGUCCAAAGCCAGCAAGAGAGUUCUGGUUCUGGAGCAACAUGAUCAGGCUGGAGUUUGCACACACACCUUCCAGAAUAAGGGAUUUGAGUUUGACGUAGGUAUCCAUUACCUGGGCCAACUUCAUGAAAACAGCUUGCUGAGGAUCGCUCUCGAUCAGAUCACACAAGGACAAAUGCAGUUCAUAAAACUGGAAGAGCAUUUUGAUACAGUGAUCCUGGAUCAGCCGAGCCAUUACAGGGAAUAUCAUAUCCAUGCAGGCAAAACUAAGAUGGCAUCCAGUAUCAAGAAGCAGUUCCCAGGGCAGGAGCAGGCUAUUGAUGAGUUCAUGAGACUGAUGAAACUUUGUUCAAAGCGAACACCACUUAUCGCAGUCUUGAAGCUCAUCCCCUUCUGGCUUGUUAAAUUCCUAGUUAAACCUAGGACAGGCAUAAUACGUCACAUAUCUUCAGUAUUCCGCCUGGCAACAACCAGCCAUUCAGAAAUAAUGUCCCACCUCACAGAGGAAAAGGAUCUUCAGACACUCUCUGCUUACCUGUUCUAUGGUGUUCCUCCUAAGGAGUCCAGUUUUCUCAUCAACGCCCUCCUGCUUCAGCACUAUAAACGUGGUGCUUACUAUCCACGUGGGGGUGCCAGUGAGUUUGCAUUCCACAUCAUCCCCACCAUCCUGCAAGCAGGUGGUGAUGUGCUGGUCAGGGCUCCAGUACAACGUAUCCUGGUCAACCAGGAAGGAAAGGCCUACGGUGUCACAGUGCUUAAAGGACAAGAUGAGAUUGAGGUCCAUGCCCCUGUUAUUAUCUCUAAUACUGGAAUCUUCAACACUUUCCAGAGGUUUCUGCCCCAGCACAUACAGGACACACCAGAGAUCCAAUCACUGUUGGCUAUGGUGCGUCCUGGUAUGGGUUCUUUUUUGGUGUUUGUUGGUCUGGAUGGAUCAAAAGAGGAUUUGGGUAUUGUUUCCACCAACUUCUGGCUGUAUAAAGACAAUGACUUGGACUCACUAAUGGAGAGGUACUUUUCUCUGAGCAGACAGGAGGUAGUCGGGAACAUUCCCAUGAUGUUCAUCACGUUCCCAUCAGCCAAAGACCCCACAGCCAGCAUCAGACUUCCAGGUAAAUCCUGUAUGACAUUGCUGACUAUGGCUCGCUAUGAGUGGUUUGAGGAAUGGGACGGGACCAAGCAGGGCAAGAGGGGUCAGGACUACCUGGAUUUGAAAAACAGCAUGACUCAAGAGCUCCUGGACUGGGCACUAACCAUCUUCCCACAACUACAAGACAAGGUGGUGAUGGUGGAUGCUGCCACUCCUCUCACAAAUGUUCACUACUUGGGCGCUCUCAGAGGUGCAAUGUACGGUGCUGAACACAACGUGGAGCGUUUUGCCCCAGAAACUGUUGCUAGCAUACGUCCUCAGACACCCGUCACUGGACUCUACCUAACAGGUCAGGAUGUGUUCUGUAAUGGCAUGGCGGGGGCGCUACACAGUGGAAUUCUCUGUUCGUCAGCCGUCCUCCAUCAAAUCCUCUACAUCGACCUUCUGGCUCUGAAGUACCGCCUCAAAUACAAACAGGCCAAUCACAAACUUACCUGGCAGUAA